UGUGAGUACUCCCUCGUUUCUACCUCCCUGUCCUAGGAGCUCAGUGCUGACCUUAUACCAGCCUUGACCUCAUUUCCACUCAUCUGUUGGCCGUGCCAAGUCAUUGCUGAGCAGAGUAGGCGGAGCCACACAGCAGGAAAAUUCACAGAGUGCUGGGGAUAGGCUACAAAAACACCCCACCCAUACCCCAUACCCCUUUUGAGGGACAACACAGCAAAGGUUAGACCACUGCCCCAUCCCUAGUAUCUAGGUGAUUAGAAAUGUUCUACAGAGCUGGGUGGCUCUAGCCUAUGGUCUCAAGGAGUAAUAGGCAAGAUGGCAGCCCACUCAGCUCAGCCCUGUGAACUAAGGGUCAGGCUAAGCAACCUCCUGGACACCAGCAGCUACCACCACUACUGUCUUUUCCCCUUUGACUCCUGUCUGAGCCCCUCCCCCAGGCUGCUGGCACACUUAAUUGGCCUCUAGGGGAGAGAAAGCCUGGCUAAGAUUCAGAUCCCAGCUCCUAGCAGCCUCCCAGGAGGCUGAUUUGUCAGUGAACCCCAAGCUUGUACUAGGGCGUUCUGAUCUCGACCUCCCCCACUCCUGUACAAGCCUGUUCCCUGCUUGGGUGGGCUGCUGGUCUGAGGAACCCUUUCUCUUUAUGUUGUGAAGCACGUGGCCAAGGCUGUUGAGUGGCCUGCAGCUUCAGGAACUAGGGAAAAAGGGGAGCACAAAGCAGCCCACUGUAUCCUCAGACCCUGGUCCCCAGGGAUGCAAGAGGACAGCUCCAAACCUGGAGCGGGGUUGUGUGCGGCUUUGAAAAGUGGGGUCCCUGUCGAAGUACGAAUAGGCAGAGCCCAGAGGAGCGGCCUCGAAUCUCUGCUGCCCCAACCAACUAAUCGACACUCCAGGGCCCACCACAUCUCUAGAUUCCAAUAGCCAACUAGGACUUUAGUCCCACCCCGCUCCAGAGAGCCAACAGAGGACAAGACCGGCACCACUUCCGUGCCAGGAAACUAGUUGGCGCCCGCAUUGCGUGGUGACGCACUUCCUUUGUAACGAACCCUGCUCAGGCGGGUUCCGACAGGCGGCGCUGGAGGCCUCAACCCUCUGCGACUGGCCUAGCCCUAGAGUGUUAUGGGAAUCGAGGCCCCUUGGUUCCGCCUCUUCCUCUUUCGUCAAUUCCGUGUCCGCUCCGGUUUUCGGUGAUGCGCAUACGUAAAGGUUACACCUCCCGUUGGGCAUUGGUCCAUUCCCUUCUGGGAGUUGUAGUUCCUGAUGUACUAAAGUCGUGCCAGUCAGACAGCCGGGGACUCGGUUUCCCAGAAAGCCGAGCGAAAGUGGGCAGGAACCACGGGCCGAAUCCCGCGGAACCCGCGGGACUCUGCUGGGAAAGGCUGCUGGGUAUUGCAACGUGCACGGAACGCUCCACAACUGUGCGCGUGUGGACACACUUUAGGCACUCAGCUUCGCGAGGCCGUCGCUCGCUGCAUGACCGGUCAGCGUCUGACUGUGAACAGAGGCGCCUAGCACGUAGUGGAGGUGAAAGGGGAGCUUGGGAGAACACGGAGGGGCGUGGCCUAAGUACACCCCUUACGGCGGAACUUGGGCUAUUUCGCUACAGGUGGGGAGGGUCCCAGGUCGGCAUGGCGGAGGCGGAGACUGGCUUGGAGGCUGAGGAGCCCACCGAGGAUGACACCCUUCCUUCCGACACCGUCUCCCUCAGCGACUCGGACUCGGACCUCAGCCUACCUAGUGGUGCCGAGGUGCAAGUCUUGUCCCCGGAGAGGCUUUCCGGGGAAGCCCAGGAGGACUCCGGCCCUGAUGACCCUCCCUCACCCCUCACGGGUGUCCCCACCACCCCAGUCCAGCCGUUCCACCUCCGAGGCAUGAGUUCCACCUUCUCGCAGCGCAGUCACAGCAUCUUUGAUUGUCUGGAGAGUGCGGCCCGGCAGGCACCGCCCUCUGCGCCCCAAACUAGUGUGACUGACAAUGGCAGCUUCAAACGGCCUGUGACUCCCCCAAGUCAGACUCAGGCAAGGAACCUGAGCAGAGUGCAUGAGAGCACUGGCCCAAUCAGGGUGCCUCCUGUGCCGGAUUAUGUGUCACAUCCUGAACGUUGGACCAAGUACAGUCUGGAAGAUGUGGCUGAAGUCAGUGAGCAGAACAAUCGUGCUGCUGCUCUGGCCUUCCUGGGCUCUCGCAGCCAGGCAUCCCCUACAGACUAUGUACCCUCCUUCAACCAGGAUCCCUCUAGCUGUGGAGAGGGGAGAGUGGUCUUUACCAAACCAGUACGAGGCAGUGAGGCUAGGGCCGAGAGGAAGAGGAUCCUAAAGAAGGGGGAUGUGUCAAGUGCUGGGAGUGAGGCCUCUGUGGAGCUGGCCCAUCUGGCCGGGCCUGAGGCUGAGGAGUGGAGUGGCCACCAGGGACUGCAAGAGGUAGUGGUACCUUCAGGAGCUGACCACCCUGGGUCCUCCUCAGACCCCACAGGGAUGGAGGCUGUUGGUUUCCAUGGCAGCAAGAAGCGGAGCAGAGAACAUUUCCGGAACAGGGACAGUAACCCCGAGGGGCCAGGGUCUGAGAGAGGCCCCUCAGUUUGACUGCAGUGCUAGCUCUCCACCUCCUCACCUGCCCAGCCCAGGUUUGAGGGAAGCUGUGUUGUGCAACAGCCCUGGCUGGGAAUGUGGGACCUUGGAAGCCCUUGUGCCCCAUUGUCCUGGGGUGGACAAUAAAGGUUUGGGGUAUGUCUUGGA